GACCCAGGUACCUGUAACCAAUAGACGCGGUCCACGGACAACAAUCUGGACCUCGACUUCCUGCGCAUCCACUCCUACCUAUAAAGGUACGGGUACACUCCACCUCACCGACUGCAUGGUGCAGUGAGUGAGUGGUGUCAUUGGUGUGGGUUUUUGUUCCCGCCUGCCGCCUUCGGUACUGUACUAUACAGGGCAACCAUUCCAUCUGAUAAAAAGCUCGACUUCCUCUGCCAGCAUCUACCCAUCUUUCCUUCCCUUCCACUCUUUCUCUCAUCCCAAAUCUUGCGGAACAGCGUCGGACCGGGCUGCUUGUUGUGCCCAUCAACCAGCCGCCGACUCGGAAGAAAAGCUCUUUUGUCGGCCACUAGAUUUAUCACGAGUCGGCCGCCAUGUCCAAGUACAUGAUCUGGUCCCGCCCUACAGAGGCGCCUGUUGCCGAACGGGAAGUGCCGGCCGAGAAGACCGCUGCCGACAAGGAGGCCGCAAUCACCAACGAUGGAGCCAAGACGCCGGGAGACGAUUCUUACGACUCGGAUGCCAUCUCAGUGAACGCACAGGCCGGUGUGCAAAAUGUUGAGGCCUUCGCCAAGGUCUGGACGAAACGAGAUCUUAUCCUGGCCUAUGUCACCAUCUGGUGCAUCUUCUUCGUCGACGCCAUGCAGCAGGGCAUGUCGACGCAAUUAACGCCCUACGUUACCAGUUCCUUCCAGAGCCACUCGCUCACGGCUGCGACGAGCAUUUUCUCCAGUCUGAUCGGUGGUCUGUUCAAGUUGCCGCUCGCCAAGAUCCUCGAUAUUUGGGGCCGCCCCCAGGGGUUUGUCGCCAUGAUGAUCUCGCUCACCAUCGGCCUGAUCAUGAUGGCCGGCUGCAACAGCGUCGAGACAUACGCCGCCGGCCAGGUCUUCUACUGGAUGGGAUACAACGGCAUCACAUACUCCAUUUCCAUUUUCAUUGCCGACACCUCGGCGCUGAAGAACCGAGCCUUGAUGUUUGCCUUUGCCUCGUCGCCCUACAUCAUCACUGUGUGGAUUGGCGGGCCCCUCGCGACGGCCUUCCUGAACGGCCCCGGUUUCCGGUGGGGGUUUGGCGCCUUUGCCAUCAUCACGCCCAUCAUCUGCUCUCCGCUUAUGGCCCUGUUUUACUUCAACUACAAAAAAGCCCGUAGACAGGGCCUCAUCCCCGACAGGAACAGCGGCCGCACCUGGUCCGAGUCCAUCAAGUACUAUAUUAUCGAGUUCGACGUGGCGGGCUUGUUUCUCAUCACGGCUGGCCUCGCUUUCUUCCUGCUGCCCUUCAGCCUCUACUCAUACCAAGCUCAAGGGUGGAGGGCUCCUAUAAUCAUUGCCUUCUUCGUUGUCGGGGGCCUGCUUCUCAUCGGGUUUGUGCUGUUCGAGAAGUAUGUCGCACCCAAGACCUUCAUGCCGUACGAACUCCUCAUGGACCGCACCGUUCUGUGGGCUUGCAUUCUCAGCGGCGUCUUGUUCAUCUCCUUCUACAUCUGGGAUAGCUACUUCUCCUCGUUCCUGCAGGUCGUCAACAACCUCAACGUCACGCAGACGAGCUACGUCAUGAACAUCUACAGCAUCGGCUCGUGCUUCUGGUCGCUUCUGGUCGGUGUCGCCGUCCGGUGGUCCGGCCGCUUCAAGUGGCUUGCCGUCUAUUUUGGCGUGCCCGUUACCAUCCUCGGCGUUGGCUUAAUGGCCCACUUCCGUCAGCCGGACGUCAACGUUGGCUACAUCAUCAUGUGCCAGAUCUUCAUUGCCGUGGCGGGCGGCACCCUGGUCAUCUGCGAGCAGAUGGCUGCCAUGGCUGCCACCACUCACCAGUACAUUGCCGUCGUCUUAGCCGUCGAGGGCAUGUUUGCCAACGUUGGCGGCGCCAUCGGGUCGACUGUCGCUGGCGCCAUCUGGAACGGCGUCUUCCCGCAGCGCCUGGCCGAGUACCUCCCCGCCGAGUCGCAGGGCGACUUGGUCUCUAUCUACGGCUCGCUGCCCACGCAGCUAUCGUACCCCGUUGGCUCGCCCACUCGGAUUGCCAUUCAGCACGCCUAUGGCGAAGCGCAAAAGAUUAUGAUCAUUGCGUCGACGGUCCUCCAGGCCAUCUCGCUGGUGGCGGUGAUUAUGUGGCGGGAUAUCAAGGUCAAGGACUUCAAGCAGGUCAAGGGCCUGGUCGUUUGAGGUCGAGGUUCUGGAGGGUGGCGGUUCUGUGAGACCUCGGUGGCCCCAUAUUUGAGGGAUGUAAUAAAGUUAAAUCAGUCGAAUACCCGGGAACCAGACUGCUACGUGGUAGUCAGUUGGGUUCCCAUUGGCGGGAGUUGUUGGUCAAAAGCGUUCGAGCGGCUUGGAUUUGGAUUAGCCGCCUCUGGCCUUGUUGGCUAUAUCAAUAUGAAUACAGAGCACUAGACUGAGUCUAGUUGCCAUUGUCGAUGACUCUACGCUGCUGUAUCUCGAUAGAUGAGCCUUGUUUUGUGAAAUGUCAACAGUUCCAGACGUCGUAACUGAUUGCGAUGUUUGCGC